UGAGCCACAGCCUGUACCAAUACGAUUGUAAGGUGACUAAGAUGGUAGGAGCAUGUAAUAAAGUGCAGUAAGGCAGGGUUUAAUACAGUGUAUGAAUCCACUCAUAACAGCACCACACACGCUAUAAUGUCAGUGUUACUGCUGUACUGAGAAUAAACCACCACUCAAAUAUCUGCUCAGCGGUAGUCUCUUUACACUGAUAGACUGUAAGGAUGUAAUGAACAUUAAUACAUUAUUUGGAGUAAAUAGAUAAUUCAGUUUUGUUUGUAUAGUGCUUUUUGUUCACAGUGGCAAGGAGGAAUGAGGAAGAAACUUUGAGAGGAACCAGACUCAAAAGGGAAACCAUAUUCUUCUGGGUGAUACCAGAGAGUGGGAUUAUAAAUCUUUACUUUUCCACAGUUGUAUACUAUAAAGUCAAAUAGUAAAGAGUGUGGGGAAAAAAUGAACUGAGCAUAAGGAUCUUUAUGUUUCUAGCAGAAGAUUUUAGGUACAAGUCCAUAGUAUCCAAGUGAAGUUAUCCACUGAAAAAUGGGUGACGCUUGGACAUCACGAGUAACACAGCAAUCUUUAGGUUAUCCAUGUGCAGUCAUUCACAGCAGCAGCAAGUGAGUCACAAGUACAUGAAGCAACAAGCAGAAGUAGAGCAUCAGGAUGGUCAGGCAGGUCCAGAGGGCAGAGGUAGUCAGAUCUCCGAGAGUGGGAGGUUUGUACUUUAAUGCAAAUGAACAGUCAGAUAUGAAUUUCGCAGAACAUACAAGGACCAUGUUCAUUAAUGUGAAUGAUGCAUUUAUGACGUUCAUUCAUUCCACUUUAGUAACUGCCUGGCCAAGAUUGUUAUGGUUUAAAUUAGGUGACAACUUUGUUUAUAUUUUGGGAAAUUAGUAUUAAAUUCAUUAGAAAAUAUUACAGGCAGGUACAAACAAAAAUAAUAACUGUGAGGAGGAUUAAAAACUGUCCCAUGAACACCUCUAUUGAAAAAAAGAAAAAAAAAAACUCUACCAGUUUAGGCCACGCUCACGUUUGGUUUAAAAACAACGUGAAAUACAAAUACAGGUACAGAUAUGAACAUUUGGAGUGUUAAACAGAUACAGGUAGUCUUUGCGCUAACAUCGCAAAUAGACUGAGUAGAGUGGGCUAAUACUUUUGUGCAGAGCAACUAGUGGGCUACAGUGAGUGAUUGUACAAAAGUGCAUCUACAGUAUGUGGGAGGUGGGCAUUAUAAACUGUCAGUUAUCUUUUUUUUUUACUUCUGUCCUAAGUGUUUUUCUCUUUUUCUCUUUCUGUGUAAUGCUGCAAUGAUACAAACCCCUACAGCAUUCAUGAAAGUUACAUAAAUAAUGUAUAUUAGUUACAUUAUAAAUAGAGUAUCACAUAGCACAGUGUGGUCCAGUUCACACAACUCUACUAUUGACACUGAAGAGGCAAACAGAAAUAAACAAUCCCAUCCUCUGUUUCAGUGGCAGUCGGUACAAAUCCCACACAGCUCUUCCUCUUGUGUAUCUUGUAUGCGUGGUUGUGUUGAAUCGGAGCACUUGGUGCCAUCACUUCACUCCUGAAUGUUUCCUAAAGAAGCUCCAGAGCUCUGGGAUGUAGCAUUAGUGUGGAGGUAAACCACAGAGAAGAAACCACAUGUAAUCAAUAACAGCAUCUCCUUUUAGCGUGCGAUGUACACGCAUGCUUAAAUGGAGCUUGAAUAGGAAGAUGGAGUUUACAAGGCUGAACACAUCGACUAAAAGUGACAAUGCAGAUGGAGGAUGGCACAUGGUGAUUGCCCCUCGUUCAGCUGAGAAAAGCUCAGAUCAGCAGGACCAGCUGGACGGGGAGUUCUGCAGAAGCCUUCCAAGGGCACAUUUUCUGCGUCCUGGCUGUUUUCGUGCUGCAGCAGAGCGAGGUGCAUUCUCCCCUGAUAGCCAUGACCUCUGCUUCAAGGGUGAAUGGCUGCAGGAUCAGUGCUCCUGGGACAGUAAGAGUUCUACAAGUGUGGCUUGCUCAUGUAGUCCACACCCACUGGCACAGCCAGGCUUCUACAGUCCCAAAAUUCCUCGAUCCAAACAUUGUGGGCCUUCAACAGAGUUGAAGAACAAAAACACAAAGGAGUACUAUUCUCAUACUCUGCCUUUACCUCGCACCAAAUUAGCUGUUUUCAAGCAAAGUGUACUGUCCUGCAGGCCACAAGGAAUCAAGACCUCGGUGGUGGUUAAGCCUCGACUGAUGAGAGCUGCAAUUUCUCCAACGUUGCCAGAUUCAACCCCAAUAAAUCCAAUCCAGCAACAGACAUACGACCAAGAAUUUCAGCAUUUUAAUGACCAGGAGAUCCAGUCUCAAUGUUUCUCCAGCCUGCAGCAGUACUUAACCAGCACAGAGAUCUCCAAGAAUCAGGAGCGUCUCUGGAAUCAUUGUGACCAAGCGCAGUCCACAAAGAAACAGAGUUUCUUCAGUGUAAAGAAAUGGGCUCAAGAUCCACAUGUAUUCAACAACAGCUUUACGCUUCCACAAAGUCCAUCUUCACCGGACCAUCUGAAUUUACAAAGAGAUAGUAAGCUUACUGGUUACUGUAAGCUCAGUGUGUACAAUGGCGCCUGUUAUAGUUCUCAUACUCCAACAGAUGGUUCUAACUCUGCCUCAACCAGCCAAUCAUAUGGCAGAGGCACUCAAAACAACAGCAAACAGAAGAACAGCCAAGAGUCCAGUGAAGUUGGAAAUUAUUCUAUCAGCAACAAUAAUAAAAGGCAGGUGGACACGAAGUCAAAGAAUGUGUUUGGUCAGCCUCGUGUGAUCGCUACACUCCGGUCAGGCUUCACCCCACAACCUGUUCACAAGACCACUGUAGUGGAGGACCUGAAAAAGCUCAUUCUGAUGGAUGAAGUAGCCGACUCGCCAACCCAAACAAGCAGAAGUGCUACUGAGUGUCUUCAAGGCUCAUCUUCACCAAAGCCCUUAAUGUUCUCCAGCCCUGUCCUCACCAGGCGUCCUGUCCCCAGACCCACCCACCUCUCUCUGCAGUCUGACCCCACAGUGUCCCAGGCACAAUGUGGCCUCUCUGACACACUGGUCUGGGACCAGGACGUUCGGCUUGAUCAGGAACCCCUGAAUCUGACCAAUACACCCAGCAAGCUUGACUGGAACAGCUUGGUGAAUGCAGCCGAGGCUUAUGAAGAGCAGGAGAUGGCUAACCUCCUGUCUGGUGAGUCCCGUGACCUGCAGUCAGGUACGAGUCCUGAACCACACAGUCCACACCUUCCUCAUGCUCUCACUGAAGCUCCAGAUGACAAUGUUUUCACUGACUUUCCUGACCAACUCUCUCACCUGGAGGCCGUGCUGAUGAGGCUCAGCACUGAUCUCCUGAAGGAGAAGAAGGACAAGGUAGCUUUGCUGGCUGAGGUGUUGAAACUUCGCAUGAGCAACGAGCAACUGAAAGAGGAAUCACUGUCGGCUAAUGCACAGCUGCACAAAAUCUGCCAGAUGUUCAGCAUAAACCCUGAAUCCGUGGAGUAGAAGAUGAGAGGAAACAAGGCCAUGAGGCAUCUUUGUGAUAAAAAUCCAAAUGGUUUAAACUUUAAUUGACAGUAAAUAAAAUAUCACGACAAUGUACGAGUUCUUUUUAGAUUCCACAAAAACAAAUAUUUUAACUCUAUGAGUCAUAUUAAAACUCUGAUAAAGCUUCCAAACACA